AUGGCUUCCAAGUACCCGGCGGUGUCUGGGGAAGAAGAGACCACCAUUCUCAUGACCAAGGAAGAGCUGGAGGCCCUGCGCACGGCCUUUGAGUCUGGCGACAUCCCCCAGGCCGCCUCUCGCCUCCGGGAGCUGCUGGCCAACUCCGAUGGCAGCCGGCUGGAGGUGGGCAUCACGGGCGAACUGGGGGCCGGCAAGUCAUCCCUCAUCAAUGCUCUGCGAGGCCUGGGGGCCGAGGACCCCGGCGCGGCUCUCACGGGGGUCGUAGAGACCACGAUGCAACCAUCGCCUUAUCCACACCCCCAGUUUCCCGACGUGACCCUGUGGGACCUGCCGGGGGCCGGUUCCCUGGGGUGCUCGGCGGACAAGUACCUCAAGCAGGUGGACUUCGGCCACUAUGACUUCUUCUUGCUGGUGUCGCCCCGUUGCUGCGGGGCCGUGGAGACCCGCCUGGCCACGGAGAUCCUGCGCCAGGGCAAGAAGUUCUAUUUCAUCCGGACCAAGGUGGACGAGGACCUGGCGGCCACCCGUAGCCAGCGGCCCUCGGGCUUCAGCGAGGCGGCCGUCCUGCAAGAGAUCCGGGAUCACUGCAUGGAUCAGCUGCGGGCCACCGGCAUGACCGACCCCCGCGUCUUCCUCGUGUCCAACUUCUCGCCCACCCUCUACGACUUCCCGAUGCUCGUGUCCACCUGGGAGCAUGACCUGCCUGCCCACCGACGCCACGCAGGCCUGCUGUCGCUGCCCGACAUCUCCCUGGAGGCCCUGCAGAAAAAGAAGGACAUGUUGCAGGAACAGGUGCUGAAGACGGCCUUGGUGUCUGGGGUCAUCCAGGCCCUGCCUGUCCCAGGGCUCGCCGCCGCCUACGACGACGCCCUGCUCAUCCGCUCCCUGCGUGGCUACCACCGGAGCUUCGGUCUGGACGAUGACUCCUUGGCCAAGCUGGCCGAGCAGGUGGGCAAGCAGGCAGGUGACCUGCGCUCGGUCAUCCGCUCUCCGCUGGCCAACGAGGUCUCGCCCGAGACCGUCCUCCGACUCUACUCUCAGUCCUCCGACGGGGCCAUGCGGGUGGCCCGGGCCUUCGAGAGGGGCAUCCCCGUGUUCGGCACGCUGGUGGCUGGCGCCAUCAGCUUCGGCACGGUCUACACCAUGCUCCAAGGCUGCCUCAACGAGAUGGCCGAGGACGCCCAGCGCGUCCGCAUCAAGGCCCUGGAGGAGGAGGUGCCCCAGGCUGAGGUCAGCUUGGAGGCGGCUGGGGGUGACAAUAGCGUGGAGAAACGGGGACCCGGGGAGGUAGGUGGUGAGGAAGCCCCGCUCUCGGCCCGCCAGAAGCUUGGCCUCUUUCUCAAAUACAUCCUCGAGAGCUGGAAGAAGCGUGACUUGGCAGAAGAGAAAUAA